AUGGAUUCAAAGAAGUCUAACAAGAUUAGAGACAUUGUUAGGCUUCAACAAAUCCUCAAGAAGUGGAAGAAGGUUGCAAAUGCUUCCAAGAGCAACUCUGCCUCUGCUACUACUACGGCCACUACCACCGUCGUCACCACCACCAGUAAAGGAAUCCUGUUUUUAAAACGAACACUGUCGUUCACAGAUGUUUCUUCAAAUGACAUCGUUCCAAAAGGGUUUCUCGCUGUUUGUGUUGGGAAAGAGCUCAAGAGAUUCAUUAUUCCAACAGAUUAUUUGAGACACCAAGCAUUUGAGAUGUUGCUGCGAGAAGCCGAAGAGGAAUUUGGUUUCCAGCAAGUGGGUGUGCUCAAAAUUCCAUGCCAAGUAUCAGUGUUUGAAGAAAUAUUGAAGAUGGUGGAAGAUAAAAAAGAAGAAUUGCUCAGCUUGCAUGAUUCUGAGUCUGAUUUCAGUGGAGAGAAGGACAAGAUUACUCCCACUCAACAUGCUCAAAUGUGUAGAUGA